AACUCCUCAGAUUUUUGCUUCGGAUGAAAUGUCUUGUAACAUCUCCUCGUCCGUUUGUGGAGAUACCAGAUAUGUUUGUAUUAGAAGACACGAAGCUCCAGCAUACGAGAUCCUAUCGUGCUUUCUUUCUGUAUAGUGGGUUCUCUCCUUGUACUUCACUGCCGAAGCCUUUCUCGCAAAGAGCCUUAUUGUGCCGUAACAUUUCGCUCCGUAGAGAUGGUGUGAUUCGCCUAGCGCGUAUAGCGCUGCUAAGAGAAAGAGUAAAAUUUUCUUGUUUGACUGUAAAGUGUCGAGAAAAUUUUGAAGUCUUAUGGAAGUUUGUUUGCAGAAAUGUCACGAACGAGUCGUCAUCGUUGCCUGAACGAAAUGGGGUUAUUAGGGAAGAGACUAGGUCAACUCCAAAUAACAUAUUAAAGAAAUUCUCACCACGAGAGUCCGUCAAACUUUUGUACAAUGCUAAAGAAGAGACGUUCAUUCAAAUGUUGCAGAAAGGACAACGACAGAAACAAGAGCAGCCUCUCAGUCAAGAACACAAGGAACAACUGAUUUACUUGGCAAAGUUAACGGAAACGAGUAGGAGCAAGCGUACCAAAGCUGUCUAUUUUUUGUUUUCGAUGUUAUUUCUGACAGUUUCCUUAUUUUUAUCGGCUCAGACAAGACAAUAUUGUCUAUCCCUUUCCAAGUCGGUUGGGUGGAUUUGGCUGUUGUUUGAUUGGGAAAGGCACUUUGGAUCUCUCCUAUCCUUUGUAACUCCUCUCCUGCUAUUCAUUUAUACUUUCUUCUUCUCGUUGUCCUUUCGCGAUACAUAUAGGAGAUACAUUCUGUCUUAUUUUCUGGUUUUGUUUGCUCAAGGAAUCGCAUCGAUUUUUUCAUUUGUUGGUUUUGGAUAUAUUCGAAUAUGGAUUGAAAUUGUAUUGUAUGGAAUUUACAUUCCAGUUGUGCUUUGGGCUUGGUCUGACUUGAAAGUUGAGUUGGAAAUGGCGCAUAUCUUAGACAAACGAUAUUCUUUUUUAUUUACUUUUUGGCGUAUUCUUAGAACGUGUGCGUGCUUCAUCUCAACAUUGUCUAGAAUACUUUUUAUCUCCUUUGUGUGUGGUAGCAAAACUCUCUUGCCUAGGAAUGAGACAUGGGUGAACUCGCUGAAGUGUAUUGUACUUGGGUUCUCUCGUUCUUCUGUUUAUGAUUGGAAGAGCAUAAUAUUUGCGAGAGUUGGAUAUGUAUUAAUCUAUUGCUAUAUCCUUUACAGCUUGCUGUUCUUUACUGUAUUUGUGGACUGUGGAUCAGAAUUUUAUUCUAGACAUGAUAUUUCUCCCUUUACUCAACUUUUUCUUUAUUUAGGUUUACUUGAUAGAGACUUAUCCAAAAGAGAAACUCGCAGAAAGAAAGUGGCAUGGACAGGCUUCCUUGCUGCCGUCGAUAAAAAGUUAGAAAGAAUGAUUCAGUUCGAGAAAUACUCUGUAGAUAUAAGAGACUCUGCGAAUUAUCCAUUAAAGAACCAAAGUGAUGUCUUUUCGUUUAUUGCUAAUUUUGAAGUGCCUUGGGAAGAUGAACCCGAAUUACGGGACGAAGUUUUACUACCGUUUCGAGAGUAUCUAGAUAAUGUAGCGCUUGCAAUAAAAGCUCGAAAUGAAGUGUAUCCGAAAUCGGACGAGAAGAAGCUAUUACCUGGGUCGACUAGAGAAUUGGAGAACGCAAUGCUAUUAUUUUCCGAGGCUGUUCCUCCCAAUCGUGAACACUAUGAUGUUGAACGGCUGUAUGAUGAGCCUGAGGGAAAUAUUUCCGUAAACUCAGACAAAACGACUUAUAGCGAUGUAGCAAAAUAUCAGACUUGAUUUUCUUUAUAUAGAAUUAAAUACUGAGUAAGUUGGAAAUUGGUUCCGGGACCAACAGAGAAAUAGGAAUUAGAACCAUGAAGAAUAGAUCAUUCUUUAGUUUUCACCACAUGAGAAAUGUGUUUCAUAAAUGAAAUGGGAUAUCUUCAACAAUUAAAAAUCGAUGGACACCA